CGCCCAGUUGAACAAGCCACAAGACAUCUCAAGAAAACCUAUGGAGGGCGAGGCACCGUGGGCGUUAGGUGUUAUGUGGACCUUGACAUCCAUAACUCUCAUCUUCGCCAUCCUUAGAUUGUACACGCGUGUCGUCAUUGUCAAAACCUUUCGUGUCGACGACUUUAUGUACAAUAUUGCCUUUUUUCUCCUACUUCUAUACACAGUUUUUAUACAAUUGUCGGCAAACUAUGGCUUCGGCCAGAACAUGUUCGAGAUUAAAGACGUUGAGAAUGCGGUUCGGGCAGUCCUGCUCGAGGUAAUCGGGCAAACCUUUGCUAUUAUUGGUAUGGCAGCCGCGAAGUGGUCUCUCGGUCUUUUUCUCUUGCGCCUUGUCGACGUCAACAUGAUAUGGCACAGGAUGGCAAUCUGGGCUGUCAUGGUAGGUCUUAUGUUGACUUCCAUCUCGGUCGUCUUCAUCUAUUGGCUGCAAUGUACUCCGCCCGCGUACCUCUGGGAUCGCCAAAUUCGGGGGGGCUUCUGCCACAUUAAUUCCGUGCCGGCUGCUUUCACACUUUCCAUUUUCUGUAUCUUCGUCGACUUCUUCUUCGCCAUUUUCCCCUGGAUAUUACUCUGGAACCUUAGCAUGGACAAGAGGGAAAAGUUUAUUAUUAUGGGCAGUAUGAGUCUCGGCGUCUUUGCCGGCGCCUGCGGUAUCAAGAGGACAAUGGAGUUACCCAACUUGACCAAGCAGAAUUACCUAAAGGAAACCGUCAGCGCGAUCGUUUGGUCUGCCGCCGAGAUCGCCGUAACAUUGAUAUGUAUUGGUAUUCCGGUCUGCCGGCCACUCUACAAGCGUAUCUGCCAGAAGCUGACGUCCAACGUUGCCGGCAGCUCCACAAACCCUCCCAGCGCCGUGGUCUUGGCGGUACGCACUGUUGGCGGCCGUGUGGUAGUCAGACACCCAAGACAGUGAUGCUCUGCGUUGGCUGGAUAGUUGAUAAUUAAUUUCGGUAAGGAAAAAAAGGGAUACUAAGAUUACCUGGUAGGUUGAGUAGUCCUUACGCCCCCACCUCUCUAGAAAAGAGGUGGCAUCAAAAUCCGUAGAUAUAUACAAAUUGUAUGUCUUACUACUAAUGUACUAAUAUAUUUUAAUAUUAUAA